AUGUUGCUUCUUCCAGCUGGGGCAGCCGUUUUCUUAUUCCAAAUAUGCUGCGCUAAUCUUCUAAGCUGGUCAGAUUUGGCUCUGCUGUGCGCAGAUCUAUAUACCGCUCAAAGGGACAUCUCGAACAACGAUACCAUCGAUCAACUUACAUUCUUCGGGGUUUCACUCAAUAGAGUGGUGUUUGAUAUAGAAGGAUAUUCAAACACAUCUCUCUCGACGGUCAAGAGCUAUUUGGACAUGAAGUACAGCUUGUUCAUGGUUGACUUGUACUGGAACCAUUUCACCCAAAACUGGCAGCUUUGUCCCGCCCCAAUACCGGCGAAUGAAACUAUAGAUCUCUCCAAAACAGUAGAAGUGCUGUGGAACAAUGAAACCUACAACUGUAUGCCGGGAUUCUCUGUCACGGAUUUGUUUCAGCAAGUGAACUCCUAUUUAUUUGAGACCAAUGUGCGGUUGGAGGCGAAUGUGGUACAGUUUGCGUUCAAUCUCAGGUCCAUCUAUCAUGAAGUGAUGGAUACGACGCCUUCGAACUCAACUCUGAAUAUCACCAACACCGCAGGCACCAGCCACGAUCUAGUCCCCGCGCCAUAUCGAUCAUAUAGUCUGGACUACUUGAGUGUCGGGAGCAGCACUUUGAAAGAUUCUUUGAGUGCUGUAAAGUCUUACAUCUUUAGCCCACUAGAUCUCCAGCUGUGGGACCUGCGGCAAAGUCCAAGUGGAGACUCUGUGCGCUACCCUACCCAGGAUGCUUAUCUUUUCAGCUUGUACAAGAGAGUUUUUCCCUUCGUGCUCAGCAACACUCUCCAUAAUUCGAGUACGGGCUACAAUAUUUCUUCCUCGGAUACAGAUACCAUAUUUUUUCCAGACGAGUACUACUUUCUGCCAUGGGUGGAGACUCUUGAAAAUGGACUGUUGGCUCAAAAUAUCUCGGACACUCUAGAAAACUCCCAACCUUCGGACUUCUGUAACUGGGGCAGGGAGUCCCACUUCCGCUUCGUUGUAGACGAUGAGAUGACGCCGUUCACAAACCAGACUGUCAAUGCGUACCUUGAGAGCGGAUUCAGCGCAAUUCUCAACUCUUCAAACGUGUCUGCUAUGGAAGCAGACGCUCAAGAAAAAACGCUCCAAAUUGCCAACAGCUACACACCCGUAUCUUUCUGGUCGUGGGCCUCGGACCAGUUUUACGAUAGCAAGACGUACAACGAAACUAACAGUGACCAGAAGUACUAUCAAAAUGACGAUGUGUGGUACAUCAGGCUGACUUCCCAGACAGCGUACCUGUGCGUGUCUAUCACCACGGAUGGCUGGGCGGUCCAGAACUGCUACGAUAAAAUGAGAGGAGUGUGCCAAAAUGACUCAGACCCAUAUUCAUGGGAACUCACAAGCGAGAUAAAAACGUACAUUGACUGGUUGGACGAAGAUGAGAUCUGCCCAGAAGGAUUCAGUGCUGGAAUCCCCCACCUGAGCCUCGAGCAAUUUUCAUUGCGUUCGGUUCUCGUCAGCAAGAACGUCCUGCAUCCUGUAUGGAUUGAUCUCAACGAUAUAACCGUUUCUGGGUGCUAUGUUCUGGGCGGACCCUAUGCUCUAUGUCCGUACCAAGAAGUCUUAAGCACCAGAAAUUUCGUGAAGAGUCUCGCCCCAAGUUCAGUGAUCGCGCUUUUCUUCAUAUUCCUAAUAUUUUGCGAGAGAAUACUUAUCAAGACGCCGAUCCACACAAACAGGAAGCGGUACUGGAAACGCAAAAUCGCAGACUAUUACAAGGACAACGAUUACGAAGGGGUGCCUCUAUGA